AUGGGAGCACAAGAUGUGGUAAAGAAGCAUUACGACCGCCGAUUUUCAAGAGAAGCCGCUCCAGAAUCCGACAAAACUUUUUGGAAUGCCUUUCUGAGUUCUACUGUAUCUGCACUUUUGGUAUGUUUAUAUUUUCAAAUUUAAAAAUUGUUUUUACUUUGCAGACUGCAACUGUAGGGCGCGAGUGGGCUAUUUUUUUUAUUUUUAGCAGAAGUUUGAACUUCAAAAUUUGAAAACUGAAUUUUAAAAUAAUCAAAAAUUAGUUUAAAACUAUUUUAAAAACGAAUGAAAAUCAUUUUCUGACAACUAUUUUUAAUUUAGAAGGUUUAAAUUGUUAGAAAAUGAUUACUAAUCACUGAAAAUGGCGUUGAUUAGUAAGAUUUUGGAUAAAAUUAGUCAUAAAAUGAUGUAAAAUGACUGAAGCCAAGCCAGUUGGCUCAGUAGUGUAUCCUUUAAAUGGGGAAUCAUUUACUAUGUGCGCGAUCUCCGUUUCCUGGGCUACCCGCCAUUAGUAAUACCUAUUUGAAUAUAGCCUUUGGCAACUGAAAGGGUAUACCUCUAAAACAAGAAAAAGAGGAUGUUUUAGCUAAAAAGUUGUUUAAGUACCUUAAAAUGUCUUUGUUACCUAAAAUAAUAUCAGACCGCUCUUCCUUAUAUACUUAAUAUACCUCAGGUAAGAUCCUAUACCUUGGUUAUGACCUGCCCGACUUCUGCCUAAGGCGAUGGGAGGGUUCGCUUAUUGUACAAUGACCCUCGUACAAUCAAUUCCUUUCCGUCUCCAUGAAUAAUCGCCGGGCCAAGCUUCUUUACAACAUUAUUUCCAUUCUUUAGUAGGUUUCUGACUACAAAACCCUCAGGCAAAAGAGCCGGAACAGCGUUAAUAAUGGCUGUUUACAUCUCUCCCAAAGGUUUGACAUAUUUCGUGUAAUUUUAUAUUGGGGGGAGGGGAUAUUAUAUUGUUUUGAACAGGAGGAGGUUUUGUAUUGUUAGGAAAAUUGUUUAUUCAAUUGUUAAAGAUAGGGUAGGGGAAUAAGGGUUUGAUGGUUAUAAUUAAUAAAAGGAUAUUAAACUUUGUUAUUAUAGGUAUUUUUAAUAUUAAAAAUUCUUUUUUUGAAAAAACGUGGUUUAUAACGACUUUCUUUUGUUGUCACAAAACCUGUGAUACAGUCAUCGUAUCUUUCCCAAAGUACACUUCUAGUUGAUGGCUUUUCCUCCUUUUUAUAUUCCACAGCCUCAGAACUUUUAAAGUUUUGUCAAUCUUCAAUAGAUAUUUUUACUUUUCAUAAUUUUAAGCUAUAUUAUCACUGAUAUCUCAAGAUUAAAGUAAUAUUUUCUUGAUUUUCAUUCAUAUCUUCUCAAUUCAACGUAUAUUACUUACUCUCAUAAGCAACAAGACCCCAGCUAGUCUAAUAUGCGUCUCACCUGUCGUAAAUACAAAGUAAAAGUUGUACGCGACAAAUUAGGCGGACUGCCUCGAGGCAUAAGAGUGGAGACGAUUAUUUGAGGUAAUUCUUAUUCGCGACCUGAGCUGCCCUUCCUUCUCUAGCCGGCCUCUCGACCUGAUGUUUGUUUAAUCGCGAGCCUAAAAUGUAUAUGGAAAUGAGGUGUCUUCCUUGUUUUUGGGUCGAUUUUUGAGGUCAGUGCUGAAAUAAACAUUAAUAAGCCUUCUGGAUCUUGCUGCUGUCUUGAGGGCAUUUAAAUUUCAAUGGUUUUUUGUUUUUUAAAGGGUUUGUUUGAAUAAGAUGACAUUAAACGUAUGACCCAUAUGAUAUUCGCGAGGGAAAUUUGCAUAAAAUAAGUUUGCGGUCAAAGGUUUAAAACGGUUUUAAAUAAGCAUAACAUUAUUUAUGACAAAAAAUCAUGCUUUAACUGUGAAAAAGGUGCCGAGUGUUGCCAAUGUUUAUAUAAAGUUGCGUAUAUUGUGGUAUAAGCUCAGCGAAAUUUAUGGAUUGAACGACGUGAAUAAUCGCUUAGUAUUUUAGAAAAAUUAUGUUGCGUAAUAGAAAGUAACUUGUUAAAUGACGUUUUCAGACUCUUGCCUUGGUUUGGAAGCUCCUACUCGAUCGGGCUGGAAUGGCCGACAAACUGGAGCAGUCCAGUCCAGAAGCGAAGAAAAAGAAACACGAUGAAGAAGAUACAGUAGCUGAACUUCAAACAACUUUGGAAGGCGCUAAAGAAUCUAAAAGGCAUGAACAUUUAGAGUUUCAUCGUACUAAAGAACUUGGAGAACACGGUAAGAAAGAUCUUAUAGAAAGUUGGAAUCUUACAGGGAAAGUACCGAAUCUGCCCGGCUCAGAAUCAGUUUACAACUUUUAUAUAACUUCUUCAUACCACUAAUAGAUAUAUGGAAAAUUUUAGCCCGCGCUUUUGAGUUUUAAAAUUUAAAUAUUUGUGUUUUCCGCUAAUUUGGCAACUUUGGCAUUGUGUUUCAACCACUUUUUUUCGACUUUCCUGAUAAUUUACGCAAAAAAAUUUUUAAAUGUAGGUAUAAUAAAGAGUUAUAUCAAAGAAAAAUGAUUAAAUGUCAAAAAAAUGACAAGCUUGUUUAUAAACUUAUUUGGAGUGGAGUAUAAGGUUAGAAAUGCCAAUUUGGAAUUUAAAAAAUUAUUUUUUGAUUUCGAUUUUCUCGAACUUGACUGGAAAGCGCGAUGUAUUUUGCCGAAAAUCUUAUAUUUACAUGAUCUUUCUAUAUAAAAAGUUAGUCAAUCAGAGCGAGCAGGUCGGGCACUUUCCUUAUAAGAUACACGUUAUUCAUAAGCAUAAAAUUUCAGAUCCAGAAAAACACGACAAAGAAGCUUCAGAACACAACGACGAUACCUCUUCAGAAACCUCGUCUUCAUCCUCAACCGAAUCCUUCAAAUCGACCGGUCGAACCGACCAGUCUAAAGGCGUGGGCCAUCUCCUGGAGACGGACGUGAUCCCCGAGAUUCAGUCGAUCGGCGUCCAACGGGAUUCUCACGAUGAAUGGGAAGAGCCGUCGUAUUUGCAAUUCGAUCAAGCUGUUUAUGGACGUCUCGACUCCAUCACUGAGGUAGGGGCGAGAGUGACCUUUUAGGGCAGUCGAGAGUCUCGGCCUUGCUUUUCGGGUCAUUGCGGCGACCUUUUUCGGUAUUUUAGUUUUGGCAAUCGUUUUUUGGAGGGUUUUAUCUGUCAGUGGGUCAGGUUGCGACAUAAGUUAGGAGUUUUUGUUGGUUUGAACUGUAGUUUUAGCUUAAUUUGUUUAAUUUUGUAGUUUUUUAGUUAAAGUGUAAAAAUUAUUUUAGGUUUUUAAGGAAGUUUUGUUUUGAAAAAGACUAUUUUAUAUUACUUUAAACCAUCAAACCCCUUUAAACCCCCAUCCAGACGAAUAUCCUUUCCGUAGACUACCUCUUUUCCCAAAACAUUGUAAGAAAGUACUGUUUACGCAUCGUUUUCCUGAUAAUCUUUCUCUUUCGAACAGAAUAAUAUUGUUUUCCCCUUCUUAUCAUUCAAAUAUGCAGGAAGACAGCGACGACGCCCGAAGUCACAGCAGCGAAACCUCGCAGCCCGUGCCGUUGUCGUCAGAAGUCGCUGACGAAGUGACACGACGUCUGAAUACGAUUCUACAACAGAAUCCUGAGUUCGUUGAGAGUGAAGAGUCUCCUCGAGUGGUGGAGCUGACUUCUGAGUCAUCAGAGGCGACGGCUAGGACAGAAGACGGAACGAAGGGGCACGGUGAGAGUUUUGAUUCUGGAGAAAGUUCUGACGUUAAAAAAGAUUCACCCGGAUCUAUAGAACAUCCAAAAGCUACAAGAGAUUCAGAGAUCUAUUCUAAACCUAUCAAGCACUCAGUAGAAGUCACUACACAACAAACUUCUGAAGUCCCAUCGACCGCAGCAGCUUCAGAAGUCAAAGAUCUGAAGCCACGAAUCGAGCUAGAAUCUGUUCCGGUGUUCCACGAUCGUCCAGAAUCCGGCGAGUCCAUGAUUUCCGUGAUUCGAGUAUCCAAAGACGUGAAGUCGCCCGAAUUGGUAGGUAAACAACAAGAGAUGCGUCAUAACAACGUCUCUUACUAUUUCAAGUUUUGUUCAAAGUUAUCAGAUUCCGAGCUUCUUUUGGAAGCAGAAUUCUGUUUCUAAACUCUUUGUUGUGAAAAUUUACGGUUUUUAGGUUCAGAAGUCACUUUACUGUGAAAGAUAACUUUGUAUAGCUUAAAAUUUAUUUUCUACAGAUUUUAUACUGAUAUUAUAGAUUAUAUACUGAUACUGGAGUAAAAAUUGACAAUUUUAAACUUUAAAAAACUUGAAUAUGUUUUGUUUGCAAAUUCAGAAACCUUUGAACCCAUUUCAGAACAAUUCUUUACAUUUUCAGACGCUGAAAACGGAAUAUUUUAUAGUCGAAUAUUAAUUUUUUGCUUUCGAAUUACUUUUUUAAUUGUUUGUUAUUACUUUUUACGUCAAAAACAAGUUGUAUUUACUUUUAGCGGAAAGUUACUCAUUAUUUUAAAGGGCUUUUAAGUGCUUUUUCAGUUUAAAUGGGUCAAAUUUUAAUGUAAACUCAAUGUUAACAUAAAAACUGUAAAAAUAAAACUAUUUUAAGUCAUAUCACAGCAUUUUACUGACUAUUUGAAUUAUCUUAUACAUGUUUAAGCUUUCUUAUGCCUUGUACAAUUUAAACUUAUCUCCCCACCUAAAACAAUAUAAUUUCAGAUGGACGCGGAUCUGGACCGGGACCAGACGGAGAUGUUGGUCUCGAAUGCGGACCAGUUUUCCUGCUUCAGUCCGUAAGUGAUAAGCAAGGUUUGCAAAGGGAGGGGAGAGGGGUGGGGGACAGGGUUUAUUCGCUUUUUUAUGGCGCUGAAAGAUGACACCAAACAGUUUGUAUUGCACGCACAUGUGCGGCCCUCAGGGGAAUAAAGGUGAUCGAAGGGUUUCCAACUUUCUGAACCGAGUCUUGGUCGGGUCAAGUGUUUAUGCAAAUUCCGAACGCUUUAGGGUGUGUUUAUGCAAAUUUCGAACGGCUAAUUAUUAUUUCGAAAUUUUGUUACCUAAAAUUUAAAAUUUUUGUUUGGUAAUUGCUUAAAAGAUGCUGAAAGAUAAAAAAUGUGAUUUUAGGCUCAUUGCUUGCGCUCUCACCUUACUUUAGGGUUUCCUGCAAAGUAAUGAGUCACUUUUCUCAAUAAUAAGUUUUUAAACCCUACCUUCACUUACAAUUAGCGAAAACUCUUCGUUUUUGUUUGUACCUCACAAGAACGCUACUUUUUACCGUUUUUUACAAUUUUUUCCCAUAAAAUUUUCGCAUUUUUGAGAAUUUUACGGUUUUUAGCAGCCAAUAUUCAAAUUUGACCUAUAGUUAGGCUUAGAUUAAAAACUUAACGCUAAAAAGAUAUUAAUAUCAACCUUUACAACCUUUUUUACUACUUCUCUACCUUUACUAAAGGCAAUAACUCUACAUUUAUCUUGAUCAGUAAUCACGUGUCUCCCCCGCCUGUCGCCUUCUGAAGGUCGUGCGGAGGGGAGAAGAGCGACAAAUAUUUGAAUAAUUUCAGGGAAGAAGGACGUUGUGUUUCCAAUACCUCUAUGUCGAUCACCUUGGACCAGAGCAAAGAUGACUUGCUCGACCAGUCGGUUUGCUCCAAUCCUCAAGAUGAAAGUGUGCUCGCGGCCCGAAAGUUGGAGGAACUCAAGAAAGGGUGGGUUAAGUUUGCUUAAUGGGUAAAUUGUCGUGUUAGUUGUUAGAGAUUAUGUUAGAAAAGGCUACUUUAUAUAGGUAGUAUUGUAAAUUUUAAUAUCAUUUUAUAUAUAUAUAUUGUUAUAGUUUGGUUUUAAAGACCAAUGUUUCGUUAUCAUGUUUUAAACCCGGUAAUGAUAACAGUUAAGGACUAAAAUAUGUUUUUAAUGCUAUUGUUAAAAGGAAGAGACUUUUAAGGCUUUUGUUGGACUCAAUUUUAGUAUAAGUACAGUCUAAACCUUAAAGUAGUACAAUAUAUAUAACUUUGUAAUAUAGUUAGCAUUAAACUCGAUUUACCCUCAUGCUACAUCACCCCACCCAAUAAAGUCGCCUAAACCAAUAAACAAGCCCUUCAGAGAUCAAAGCGACGAAGAAGAUCUGCCGGGGCCUCCAGCUGAGACCCAAAAGCCAGAAUCCUCGACAGCCGCCGAUCCUACUACAACAACAUCAGUAGAAUCAGAAGCCAAGAAACAAGAGAACAAACACAGAUGUGGCCCGGAACGUCUGGCCAGUAUGGUAUAUGGGUACGGUGAGAAGUCGCCUCUCCUGUGGAAGAGUUUGAAUCCAGAAAACUCGGAAAACAAAGAGCCGAAGCCAUUGGAAGAACCGUACCUCAAGGAUUCAUACGUCAAGACGUCGUACUCAAGCUCUUUCAGACCACCGCCAGUCUUUGGGUCUUCGUUGGCUAGCCAUGGUAAGGUUAAGGCUUGGAUUUGGGUUUAUAUUAUCCUAAAGUUUGAAGUAAGGUAUUUAAAACACUUAAAAUUAAUGUAGUACAUAAUAUUAAAAAGGUAUAUUGAGUAGUUUAUAGUCACAUUCGAAACCAAAAUGAUGUCAUAAUUUAGGACAAAAAAACCAAACAUUUUGAGUUUAAAAUUUGAAUUUCUUGAUUUUGGCGGCAUUGUGUUUCAAGUUUGAAACUAGCUUUGAUGUGAGAAAUUUAAAAUUUUGACGUUUUGAGGAUAUUACACUUUAGUUUUGGUUGCUAUAGACGCGGUUAAACUAAUAAUAUGAGAGUAGCCACGAGAUUGAAUUCACCUAAAUUAUAGUACAGUAGGCCUGUUAGUAAUGGCUCAUAAACGGCGCUUGAGUAAGCGAAUUCUGAGAGCGAUGGUCAUUCUUUCUCAAGGCCUACAUUUCCUGAUAUUGUUUUUGCAUAUUCUUGGCUUGUAACUCUGACUGUGCACAUACCAUAAGAUUACAUUAACCAUAAAAGAGAUAGGCCUUGUAAUAUUUAGAAAUUAUCAUUUUCUUAAAGUCAGAAUCUCUCCACCUUUUACGUCAGAAUCCGAGGCCUCUCCUCGCGUCUCAUAGCACCUGCCAUUUAGGUAUUGGGGCGUUCCGAGCGCUUCGCUUGAGUCAAGGUCUUGAGUCAAGGCUUCCGGGGGUGUGGAUCUGUGAGAUUGAGCUGCCCCACCGCCGACUGACCAUUCCCUUCGCUUCUCUCUCCUUUUACGGUUUCUUGCCGCCCCGAGGCAGGUGGAGGUGAAUACACGUUUCUCCGAACUCAUUCCUCCCCCAAACAUAUCAUAGGUCUUCUUCAAGGAAACGUUUUGUAGACCGUUUUGCUUUUGCUGAUAAUAUGUUUGGGUAGUAUAAUAUUAUUGUUUACUUUUGGGGUUUUGCUUUAUGUUAUAGUAGGGGUUACUUUGUUUUUCAGGGUAAUGUUGAGAUUUAUAAUUUAUAUAACUAAUCUUUACCUAAAAUAUUAUUUUGUUUUAAUUUUUCAAUUUUAAAACUUUAAUUUAGUAGCACAAUAUGAAGAUACUGUGAAAAUUCAUAACUACUGGUUAUUUUUAAAAUUUCUAUAAAUACCGUGCCCUUUUUAAACUGACAAUAUUUACCUGGUGUAACCUUUAAUAUUUACUUUUUAAACUUCCGAGAGUAGUCUUUACUACGACUUUUGUUUACUUUAUUUUUUGCAUCUUAACCUUGAGCCUUUUUCGAGCAGAAAUCUCUGAAAAUGCUCUUCUUUUAUGACAUUACUUUAACAUUGGCUUUCGUACAGUAACCGUUUUUACUAAAAUAGGUAUAUUACUUUAUUUAUAUAGGCUUUUGGUUCUUCAAAUUGGGUUUAUAGGCAUCAAAAGUGGUUUAGAAGGUCUUGGAUACCUAUGACAAGGUCAUUGUAAUGUAAAGUGUAAAUAUUGAUGUUAGAAAACAAUAUGUUUUGUCAUUUUUUAUUAAAUCAGUUCGAAAAAAACGUGUAAAACUGACCAAACUGAAUAUAUCAAACUGGUCAUGUUGUUAUUUACUCAUUUGUGCACUUUCAGAUAAUAUUAUAAUGGACGAACCGCCGAACGAACGGCCCCCGCCCCCACCGCCUAAGGUAAGUGAGGGUAGUGUCGAGAGUGUGUUUGUGCGUGAGAGCUAAGCCCCCUCUACCUUUACCUUACCACGAGCAGAGCGAGUCCCUUUGUUUUGACUGUUUUGCAUAAAAUGGCCGCCGGUCGUAUUCGAAAUGGACCGGAUUUGGGGGUUCGAAAUGAAUUUAAAUGUUUUGUCGAAAUUUGGAAGUGUUAGAUACACAUUUGUAUUUGAAUAUGUUGUUGUUGGUCGCUUUCUUGGACUUUUAUUGAUUUGAAACAAGUUGUGAUGAAUUAGAGAGAGGAGCGUGUUAUACAUUAACAUGUGAUGUUAUAUAUUACGUGUAUUAGAUUAAAAAUUUGUAAAUAGUCUUUAAGGUCAAAAAUUAUAUAGAGAGGCUAAAAAUAUACCCACAUUUUAUUUUCCAGCUCUAUUCUACUAACCAUGUCCAAAAAUAUUCUUUUUUGUGUCUCCAGCAAGCAUGUGUAACAUCUUUCUUACACACAAAAUAAAAUAUUGGUUUCCGUCGAGUAAAAAGUAGCAAAAACUACUGCAUACAACAUUCAAAAGGUCUUUCCAAAACUAUUUAAACCAAUAUAACCAUCCAAACAACCGUUAUUACCAUGUAAACCAGUAUUGUAAUCAUCUGAAUCUCUAUUGUGCUCCUAAUGUAAUAUUAUAGAACACACUUUAGCUUCACAUUCACUAUAAAAAAUACUUUCACUAUGUAUAACACGUUACAUUCACUCUGACACUCAUUGUAUAACACGUUAUAUUCACGUCGUAUAACAGAUUAUAUCCUACCAGUCGUGUACAAAACAUACCAUUGUGCUCCAGAGUGAAUAACUGUGCCUGAGGGCAGCUGACUCAGCCGGCGGCCUUUAAGAAUUGUCAAAAAAGGGGGGGGGACAGAUUCCUUAAGUGUUUCACGCGAGGGUUUAAUUCUGAUUCUCCUUUCUCGGACUGUAGCUUCUCAGCCGACUGGUUUUUCCGAACUUAAUCGAUCGGAAUUUAAUUGGCGACAUUGUUGUCGUAUGUCUUGGGCCAUCGUAUCUGAGUUUGUUUUUGAGUGUGUUGUUGUCUUAUUUUUUUAAAAAUCGUCGUUUUGUGUUAUUCCGGUCAAAAAGUGUGUAGAAUAAACCUUUAGUUUUUUCUAAUAGCCUAAACUAAGCGCUAACUUAACUACAAUCCACUAGUAGGUGAUGCCAGACAACAAACGUGUAACUCUAAACCUAAUGACAACUCAUCGUAUGUCAUGACCCAUCACACAUUCUUUGAGGCCGUCGUAUGUUGUGCUGAUCAACCGAGCUUGAAGAUGGGGACAAACAUUGACUCAUAACCUGAGGGCGCGUCUUCUUGGGGUCCCUUUAACCGGUCAUUUGCGCAGUCUUCGCACUCUUGUCGUAUCUCUCUAGUUGCAUAUCUCGUAUGUUCUUUGGCUUUAGAUUUCAGUUGGUAUGAGGGCUUUGUUCUAAAGUUUAUGCAAAUUUCAACUUUUAACCAGCAGAAGCGGGGUACUGGCGCUUUUAUAUUGAGGUUGGCUAAAUUGGUAUGCCUCUAGUUCUAGAUUACAUAAAAGAUGUCAUGAUGAUUUUUUGUCAUAAUAAUAUGCCAUUUGUACCUUUUUCACUGUAAAACUUAAUUCUUCAUCGUAAAACACAUUAUGCCCUCUGUAAUACUUCUGUCUGGAUCGUAUGUUGUGUGUUGUAGAGAGCUCUUCGUAUGUUUCGCGAUUCUGUUGGCAUUCUACUUGAGCGACGUCCACUUGACACAGUUCUCUUUCUCAUGGUAAUCCUUUCAGAGUUAUGCUGACAGUACUGGCUAUCGUACAGACGACGAAUUAAUGUCUGAACGUAACCGCUCCCGGGCCACCGUCCGCGAGAUCCCGAUUCAUCGUUCUCACAGUGCCUUUGGGCCUUCUGUCACGGCGAACUCGAGCAUUGGCGGAGGAUCAACAUAUGCACCAUACAAUCAAGGUGGCACCACUACUCAUUGGACUACUACCAAGUUCGAUCCUAUCACUGGUCAGCCUCAGCAAGAGGAGUAUUAUCGACGAGAAGUAAGUUGUUUUGUUUGGGCAUAUUAUAGUAGAAGGAAACAUAUUUAUUAGAGUAGGAUGAGAAAAACAUAUUUUAUGUUAUAAUUGAUUGCUUUUAAUAUAACCUUGUAUAAUUUUUUUGAAAAAUAGUUCAGUCAACCUAUAGCUAACCUUCUUCAUGAGUAACCUUUAUGACACUUUUUAACCUUGACUUUAAUUAAUUUUUAAGAAAUUCUUCGCUUUAUGGAGGCCAAAACUAUAAAAACGAAGGGAUUUUAAUUAAUUUUUUGCUGUUUUAACAUUAUUUUGAUCAAUUCAUAUAUUCCAUUACAAUCAAUAACCAUUCAUCUGGAGGCCGAUUUUUUUUAAAUUGCUUAUCUAUAGAAUAAUGUUAUAUAAUUCCCUUUAAAUCUCGACAAAAGUGAACGAUAAACUCAUCUUUGGCUGUAAUUCUGUUUGUUUAGGUACUCACUCGAACACUUGUAACUCGCUCGACCGAAGCCCUGUCGGCUCCGCAACCCCUGAACAGAUCCUCCCCGGUCGAUUUGAGGCCCCUGCCCUCGUUACCUCCACCACGAGACGAUGUCACGGUGGAAUAUCGCAUCAAAUACCUGAAAAACGUAGAGGAAGAAGAACGGCGCAUCAAAGAAGAUCAAGAACGUCGUAAACAAGAUGAGGACGAACGCCGUCGUCGCAUUGAGGAACAGCGAAGAAUCUGGGAAAUCAAGGAACAAGAACAUCUAGAGAGACUUCGAAGGGAAAGGGAGAAGAUCGAGGACCAAUUCCAACAAGAGAUCUUGGCCCGUGAAGCCAACGAACGGAACCGUAUCGAACGUGACCGUCUUCUGCGUGAAGAGGAAGAGCAACGACGUCGCAAGGAAUGGGAACGUUUGGAAGAACAACGUCGCUUACUCGAAGAAUCCGAGCUCGAGAAGCGCCGUCGCAUUGAGCAGAUGGAGCGCGAGCGGCUAGAACGCGAACGAUUGGAAGCCGAACGAAUAGAGAAGGAACGUUUGGAACGGGAACGAUUGGAAUUCGAGAGGAUCGAAAAAGAGCGCAUCGAGAGAGAACGGAUUGAGAGAGAGCGCAGAGAAAUUGAAAGGCUAGAGAUAGAAAGAAUCGAGAGGAUCAAGAGAGAACAGCGAGAAAAAGAAGAACAGGAACGUCAAAGACAACGUGAAGAACAAGAAAGACUUGAAAAAGAACGUCAAGAAGCCGAAAGAAUAGCCAAAGAACGUCUCGAGUUGGAACGACGAGAACGUGAACUUCUGGAGAAAGUUCGAAGAGAAGCAGAAGAACGUGAACGACAACGUCGCGAAGAACAGGCGAGAGAAGCUCAAAGACGAGCUGAUGAAGCACGCGAUAGAGAAGUGUUGAAACGUGCUCGACUUGAAGCCGAGGAACGUGAGAGAAUCAGAAUCCAGAAAGAACUCGAAGAAAAGGAAAGGCUGGAGAACUUGAGAAGGAAUCAAGAAAGUACGUAAAUAUUUUUUUAAUAAAAUUAAAAAUCGCCAAAAAUAACAAAAUCCUGUUUUAUUGAUCAACAGAAUGCCAAAGCUUUGAAUGUUUUCGUUUCGAAACGGAAACUCCAAUUUUUUUUCGUUAGCUGAAACGUUUUUGAAAUUGCUGAAGUCGUUUGCGAAACUCAGGGUCUAAAUUCUUUUAAAAAAUUUAAUAAAAAUAAAACUUAAUAAUGUAGGAUUGGAAAACGAAAAGUUGGAAGCCGAGAAGCGUGAACAACAGAGGUUAGAAGAUGAACGACGAGAACGUGAGUUCCUGGAAGAACAGAGACGGAAUCACGAACGCCGUGAAAAGGAACGUUUAGAAGAGGAAAUGCGGGAACGCCAACGACAAGAAGAAGAACGGUUGGCGGCCGAAAAGCGACGUCGCGAACGAUUAGAAGCUCAGGAACGUGAACGUCAACGACAGUUGGAGGAAGCCAUGGAUAGGCAACGCAUGGCACCUUUAGAACGAACGGCAGCUGAACGUGAACGACAAAGACAACAAGAGCGGGAGAUUGAGCUACGACGAGCUGAAUUGGAACGACAAGCUCGGGAGAUCAAAGAUGCGGAGAGAUUUAAACAACAACAACGUGAAGCUGAACGGUAAGGAGUUUAUUAGACAGAGAAUUGAUUUUAUAAAAGUAGGGGGUUAUUGAGAUUAGAGAUAUACAUAAUCAUGAGAUUAUUGAACAUAAUUGUACAUUUUAGCCUGGCCGAAGAACAACGACUUAAAGAUUUGGCUGAUCAAGAACGACGCAACGCUGAACGCCGUGAUCAAGAGCGCGCCGAAGCUGCUGCUCGCGAAGAACAACGUCGCCUUGAAGAUCGUAGAAGCCGCGAACAUCUGGAACAGAUUCACCGUGAAAAGACGGAGAAGGAACGGUGGGAGAUUGAACGCAGAAAGCUUCUGGAAGAGCACGAAGCCAUGGAACGACGUCGCCAAGCUUUAACCUCAAAGGAAACCCUCGAGAAACUGACCCGCCAGCCAUAUUACUCACGCGAAAACCUCAGCGCUCUGGAUUCUCAGCCAGAAGUUACGACCAAAGUGGAACGCCAGAUUAUCGAACGUGUAGAUCGUACUCUGUGGUCGGGCGAAGACACCAGAAGCUACCCCAUUACCCAAUACCCUCACUCCUCCCAUGACACUCAGGACGAUCCGCCUAGAGAGCGACGCUAUGACAUCAACAAUACCUCACGAGACGACGGUCGUGGAGCUUCCUCACGAUCUUCUAAAGUCAAGGCCAGAAUUGAAAAGGCCAAGCAAGACUUCUUGAGCGACAUUCCCAGUGGCCAAGAGUACGAGACUCGACAGGUCGAGUACCGUGGUCCAUUGCUUCAGAAGUUUAAUUCUGGAGAACUGAGAAGUCGGGUCGAGAAUCCACCACCGUACCCACGAGUAGGGCCGAGUCCAUACGACUAUGUAAGUGAAUUCGUUUAGCUUAUUAUUGUAAAUAGGGGUGGUACGGUAGAGGAAAGGUACAGUAUCCUGUAUUUUGUCAAGCCUUUUAAAAGGCCUUUUACCUCUUCUGUUAAACUUAUAACCCAAAAAAAUUUUAUACCCUUUACUAUACAUCUGCUACCGUACUACCCCAUCCAAGUCCAUUACCGUAUAUAAUGCACAGCACCGUCCGUCUUUUGUAAAUAAAUAUUACCAUGACUCCCAUUGGCUUUGCUUACUUUCUCUGUUAGGAAUACCAUCGGCUGCUGGAGAAGACCGAGAAACAGCUAGCCAGCUACAGGCAGCGCUUGCAUCAGUCCGCCGACCCGCUUAGGCUAGGCCAGGAGACGGGUUUGCUAGGCCCAGACUCCAAUCUGUUGUCAAGUCUAGGCCAAACCUCGACCUUACUAGGCCCUACCUCAACUUUGCUUUCCACUGAUCCGAAGGUCGGCCUUCUGGAGACGAACAUUGACCGUCUGAAGCCCGAAUCUGUAAGCAGCGUUACACUCCUUCUGGCUUCUGCUUUCUUUCCCUCUCCUUCUUCCACUAGCUUUGUUACAGUACUCUUACCUCUGUAUAUUACAGUACCCUUACCUCUGUGAUUGCCCUUUCUUUAGGCCGAAGACAUGAGUCGCUCCAAGUCCGUGUUGGACUACACUCAGCAUCAGAGUCGACGUGAAGUCAUCGAAACAUUGCCAGAAACCUCACAUCUCCGUUCCAAGAGCGCUGACUAUUUAAUGGACAAGAAGUAGGUUUUUCAAGGAUAAAAAGCUUGUAAUCAUGAUAUAACGUCAAAGACAGGUUUAGAAAAUAGUUUUACUACAAAAGUCUCUAUCAAAAUUAAUAAAUAUUGUUGUAGACUCCGUGAAGACGCAUUAGCACCAGAAAACGAGCUUCAGAAGAACGCUGACGGCCUUCACCGCGACAGCGCCGCUCGUCUGCCGGCUACAGACUACACUGAAUACGAAAGAUACCGUAAAUCCAUGGAUAAGAUCAUUAGUAUCACCCCAUCGUGGUAUCAAGACAGUACUCGUACCCAGCUACCUGCCCACACCCCUACUGACCUAGGUUACAGUAGCCGACCGUACUCUCGGCAACAUUUCGAGACUUCACCAAGCCAAACCUACCAAGCCAGUAGCAGUGCAGCUCGUGCUACAUCACCAGUUGGAGGUAUCUCGUUCCCUGCGGGCAUGUUUGACCGGUACAAGUACGAGAUUGAAGACAUGAGAAGGUCACGAUCGUCGCUACAACAAGCUGGAGUGCCUGCCGAACACACCAAGGUCUGUGUGUUGUAGUAGCGGUGCUAUACAUCGUACUAUCACAAUUUGCUGUAGACACCGUGCUGCAUCGUACUGUAACUUGUGUCCUACAGUAGACCACGGUGAUGUACUGAUGUCGUGCACGGUGUAGCGUGACUUCUCUGACUUUUGUUUUUUGUGUUGUGCUACUUUCCCCUCGUACUAUUUUGUAUCCCCUUGGUUCACAUUUCCAUUUAUGUUGUACAGUGCUUUUAUUUCGAAUAAACCCCAGAGUUUUUGUUCGUUUGGUACCGUGCUAUUCCACUAGUUUUGUGUACUACUAUUGACAAGAUGAGUAAUGUGUUGUUUAGGUAUCGUAUAACGACCCGGCCACCGGCUACAGCAGAGAGGUUUGUUAUAAUUAUAUAGUUAACCUUUCAAUUUGAUAUUAAUAUAGUGUUGUUAGUGACUUUAAUUUUGAUGAGUUUUCUGUUAUAUAAAGGUAGUUUAACUGAAAGUAGCCUAACUCCAUAUCUAUAGGAAUAUGCUCGAACGAACGUGCGCACGAUAAGCACGGGAGACAAAGUGCAGGCUGGGUAUACUGUAUCGACAGUACCAUCAAGCUGGAAUCUGUACCAAAACCCCAACUCUCGUGUCAUCGAGGUCGCGGACACGUUCGUAGGCCAAACCGAUCGUGCCGACGCCAGAUUCGGAGGAAAAAUCACGAUAGAAGAAGUGUUGGAUGCUAUCUUCCAAGAUACCAACCCUAACGACAUACCAGCAGACCCGAGUUACUCUGCCUAUCCGCCCCCGAGGAAUAUCGAUGGCCCUGGAAUCUACACGCCCAAUCAGAAUCUGAUGGAUCAGUUGGCUGAGGACCCACACAACGCCGAGUAUCUGUUGAGGGUAAGUUACAGUAUGAUCUACAGUAAGUAAAGAUGUAUAAAAUCGACAUAUGAUAUAAUAGAACAAGUAAAACCUUUAUUAUGACAAGGACAAUACAUAUUACAUUUCAGAACGAGCCCUUGAUAGUACGAUGCCGCAAGUGUGACCGUACCAAGCACAUCAGUCAUGCCAGGAACACUUACGUCAGCUGUAAACACUGCUACACGUACUACUGUUCCAGAAUGUGUCGUGCUGACGAUUGGGACAGACACAAGGAGCGAUGUUCCUUCGCCAGAAUCACAACCUUGUGCAAAGAAGUGAUCGUGAAGGUCAGGAACGAUCCAGAAACACAGUAUCACAUGUCCAAGAUCGCUCGGGAUGGCUACAGAAAGGAAGGGCGGGGCAGCGUUAACAUCAGGAUACUGUAAGUUUUUACUUUUGCUGUCUUUUGUGUAGUAGCUUUAUAUUAUGAGAAUUAUGUGUAAUAUGAAGUAAUUUUCGGUCAAAAAGUCCAUAGAAAUUUUGUUGAUCUUCAAAUUUGAUCUUUUAGGUCUGCACACUCGGCUCAAAUGUACCUAAAAUACGGUUGGAAGUCGCUGCUAGCCUACGAAGACCCGGAGAAUCUGCUGUUCUAUUACCCCAUCCAGCAAUUAGUCCAUCAACGGAAAGAGCCCUCGCUGAUCCAGUUGUGUCGCAAGUACAACCCGGAAGAGAAGUUCAUCCUCAGCGUGAGUAUCAUCGCUGACAUCGAGCAGUGUCCCCAGACUCCACCCCCUGACGCUCAGCUCGGCGAGCCCUACUCGGCUAUAAACAAACCGAUUCGAAAUCCUGCCCUCAGGCAAUACGACCGGCAUGGCGCUUUAGUUCCGACCGAUGUUUGA